GGCGCAUCGGUCGCCGUGGGUCGCGCCGGAGCGCCGCAGUUUUCGCGCGGGGCGGGUGUUGUCGCGUUGUCGCGUCGCAACUUUCGCGCGACCGAGAGAGAGAAGUUGGAGUUGCUGCGGUGGGAGAGAACUCGUCGUGCACGGAGGACCGCGCGAAAAUGCCGCCGAAGAAGCGGGAGAAGGAUCUCGAUGGGCAGAAAGGACCUCGUAUGGAUCAGAUCCAGGCCGACCACGAGCUCUUUCUGCAAGCCUUCGAAAAACCAACGCAGAUUUACCGGUUCCUCCGCACAAGAAAUCAAAUUUCACCAAUAUUUCUAUAUAGAAAUUUAACGUAUAUGCGGCAACGUAUGUCCAGAAGUCACAAGUCACGGCGAUGUUUUAAGGUCGACACGAUUCUGGAUAAAUUAAUAGCAAAAAAGAAGCACGAACAGAAUCUCGGCGUUCGUGGAUACAUGACUCUUACGUUUUUAGGCUUUUAUGACAAAAGAGUUCAAGUAUCGCAGGACCCUGUCAAAGUAGAAACGUUGUUGUUGAAAAUCUGCCAUAAGAAAAGAAAAGAUGUUAGCUCGCCUAUCAUGCAAAUUUCUGUCGGUACCAGCGAGGUCCCGAUCAAUCCUUCCGAGAGUCAGCCUCCGUUGAAAGCACCUACGAUUUCCAUACCCAAUGAAUCUUUCAGCUUAAAUAAUGGUCACAUAGCAAAGACUUAUGUGCUUUUGCUCAGGGUUUACUGCAUGUCUAACAAUGGCUGCCUUAUAACUAACUGUGAUUUAGAAGAACCAGCUCAAAAACGUCGUAAAUCAUCCACCGGCACGAUAAAAGUCAAUGGCGAAGAAGUGAAACAGUACGGCUCGGAGCUUACCGUUUACGACAAGCACAAUCGAUGCCUGUUGACGGACGGCGAAUAUGAGUUAGGUUUGCACGAAGUACAGACCAAUGUUAGGUCCAGUCCUAAGAAACACAGUUCUUGGGAAACUGUGGCUGACAUCAAAGACUGCGAACCGUUCGACAUAUUCAGGCAAGGACCGACGUUAAAGUUCCGGCUUAGUUGGACGAUGGAACCGAGCAACGGUCUGGUAGAUAGACCGAUGCCGAUACCUCCGAUACCGAACGGUGACAAUAAAGAGAAUCGAUCGGCCAACGCUGGUUUCGAACGUUCUUCCGUAAAUCACAAUAAUAAUAGCACAAAUAAUAAUAAUAACGCGACACUGCCAACGCCUAGUCCGCUAACGCCCUCGUCGAGAAUCAGCAUCUCUAACGAGAAGGUGGACGCUAACGCUAACGGAACACAGCAGAUAGUCUAUCAAUUUUUGUACAACAAUAACAGCCGGCAGCAGACAGAGGCCUGCGAAGACCUACACUGCCCCUGGUGCUCGUUGGACUGCGGCAAACUGUACUCGCUUCUAAAGCAUUUGAAGUUGUGUCAUUCGCGAUUCACAUUCACAUACGUGGCUUCUCUUUUCCAGCCAAUUCCACAAGGUGCCCGAAUUGACGUAGCAAUAAACGAAUGCUAUGAUGGUUCGUAUGCAGGUAGUCCUCACGAAUUAAUUUCACAACCGUCUAGUAUACCUUUUUCAAGGACAGGACCAACCAGACGUACGAGCGUGACGAAUAUCCUGGUAUGCCGUCCGAAGAGAACGAAACCAAGUCUGUCCGAGUUUCUCGAACUCGACGAAAAUGAGUUUGAAAGUCAGAGACCUUAUAUCACCGGCCACAACAGACUGUAUCAUCACACCGUGACCUGUCUGCCUAUAUACCCCAAAGAGAUGGAUAUCGAUUCCGAAGGUGAAAACGACCCCAAGUGGCUGCAAACAAAGACUAUGAUGAUGAUCGAUGACUUUACGGAUGUGAACGAGGGCGAGAAGGAAUUGAUGAAGAUGUGGAAUCUACAUGUGAUGAAACACGGAUAUGUGGGAGACUGCCAGAUACCACUAGCUUGCCAAAUGUUCUUAGAGAAUAAGGGGAAGGAGUUGCUCAUGAAGAACCUCUAUCGCAACUUUGUAUUGCACAUGUGCAGUCUGUUUGACUUUGGGCUAAUCAGCCCGGUGAUACUGUAUCAAACCAUACAGAAGCUGCAAGAAAUCAUGAAGGAGGGCGGCGAGGAUGGGGACGUGCGUAAGGUGCUACAGAAGUCACACGAGGCUCAGGUAGAGCAUUGGAAGGGUGCGCAUGUACAGUCGACGCAUGACGCGUCCAAAACCAGCGGUAUGACGGCCAGUGUCAAGAUCAACUUUGGCAAUGACGGUUCCUCGAGCUCGUCAUCGAACGCCAGGCGAAAGACGACGUCGGCCUCCAUGCCGUUGGGUUCACCCAACUCGCAGAGCGUUAAGAACACGAUGCACAACAUGCACAAUGUCAAUACGUAAACACAAAAAGUCAGCAUAAAUGACGUGUGCCGUUGCCACCAUCGUCGAGGAGCUAGACUGUCAUUCACAAUAGUUCGAUGCACAGAAUUCCGCGUUGUCGGUGCGAAUCCCGCCCUUCCAUCGCCCUCUCAUCGUUCGGCGGUGUAAUCUUUUCCGAUACGCAACAUCACGAGUAAAAUUAUGCCCAACACGGUGUGUCCAAUCAGAAUGUACAAUAGCACGCCGUCAAACGAGCGAUCGAAUUAUCUAUCGGCAAAAAGUACAAACUCUGUAGUGCAAGUGAUGAAAGCAGCAGCGUGACGCGAUCCCGCUGCGCCAGUUGUCGAUGCAAGCUGGCGAGAACGCGAGUACCAUCGAAUACCACCAGCGAAAAUUGGUCCUGGAGGGACGCGAUACAAACAAUAGUGUCGCCACAUCCGCUAGCCAGAAGCCGUCCCCGAACGGAGGUAGCUUCCAGUAGCUACUCAUUAGUAGUAAUAAGAUCGAUUUCGCGCGUUUUUAAUACAAAUUGCAUCUUCUUUUUUUGUACAGUAUUUGUUGCAAGUAAUAUAGAUGAUUAUGCAAUUGACAUUUAUUAAAUAAACUGAAUAAUUAUUGUUUUAGCUGUUAGAUCGAGAUUUGAGAUUUAAUUUAAAGCUUAUACAAAUUGAUUAUUAUGACUUGAGAAGAGAGAUAAUAUAGAAAAGAGGAUGUCUGGCGAACGAUUUUAUCCUUCUCGCCUCUGUGUCGAUGAUUCCAAUCGCGAACAAUAAAGCACGAUGUUUGCAAGCAUGCAAAUUUUAUCAUGUUCAUUUCUUGUUUGUUUCUAGUCAGUGGCGUUUUUUUCUUUUUCUUUUUUUUUCAAUCAUUUCACCUUUUUAAAUCUUUUUAUUUCCGAUAAAUUUUGAUAUAAGUAUCUACACAAUUGAUCUGUGAAACUCACAGCGAUCCACAAACAGCUAUUCCAAAAGUAACGCAAAAUUAUUUUGUCACGCGUACUCUUGUAUCGUAACACAAAAGCGGAGAACAAAUAAUCUUAAGAUUUAAAAAUUAAUUUCUAGAGUUGACUUUGGCACGAGUAAAGAAUAAAAAAAAUUUCCCUCGUUCUGCGUUCUGCUUGGCAACUCGCAAUCACAAAACGUCUUUUUACAUCCGAUAGAUUAUUCUUUUAUAUAGCAAAAUAUGUAUUUUACAAGCGAAUUGAUCGUAGCCAAAUUUUAUGAAACUUUUUAUCGCCCUGAAUUUAAUCAUUUUCAGUAUACGUUGAAUGGUGAAAAAUACUACGAUAUAACCGAAUACAAUUUCUGAGAUUUCAAAUGUGUGCAUAUAUAUAUACAUACGUAUACAUAUAUGUAUAUGUAUAUGUGUAUAUAUAUAUAUAUAUAUAUAUAUAUAUAUAUAUAUAUAUAUAUGCACACAGACAUAUACGUAUGUAAAAGAAUAUUUAAAAAAAAACCUGUGAAAAGGCUGUAUAAAUUAUACUUUACAUUUUGUACAUCGAGACGGAUCGGUAGAGUGAAAGUGCCUUUUACCAAACCAAGCACAGGCCUGAAUUCGCAGAACGACGGUCGACGAUGCUUAAGAAAUAUCGAAUAUUAUUAUACGUCGUUAUUUCUAAAAUUUGCGAAAUUAUUAUAUAUGCUCUAUUUGAAUUAAUGAGAUUAAUGACUCGCACGCUCGUUCUUUGACGAUCGUCGUUCUUUCAUGAGCGAUUCAGACCUCUAGUAUAUCAUAUUAGAAAUGUUAUGAAUUUGCGUGUAACAUAUACAACUUCUACUGCCGUGGUCGUUCGAAGAAGCGCUUACAUUCCUUUAUACAUACUGUCUUCUUUACAUUAUAGGUAGUCUAAUAAAAUUUUUAAUCUUAAGAUGUGCCGCCGGAGCAUUAAGUUCAAUGGAAUUAUCGUUCUCUUCGAGCGACUUCCAAUUCACUGUCCAAUAAUAUUAUCCAUGGUAGGUUGUAAAUAGGAAAUUAAAUGCGAAAUAAAUAUGUGGACGUGAGAAAUAUA